AUGAAGUCGUUGGCCUUGAAGAGCGUCGCUGUCAGCCACACGACGGUGCAGAAGCCUGUGUGGGAGAGGGAGAGCACAGAAAGAUACACGUGUGUGCUGGUGAGUUGGUGUGCUGGUGAGUUGGUGUGCUGGCGUGCCGCGUGCUGGCGUGCUAGCAUGCUAGCGCGCUGGCGUGCUGUGCUGCCUCACUCCCCACUCACCAAUCAGGUGCUGCCUCACUCCCCACUCACCAAUCAGGUGCUGCCUCACUCCCCACUCACCAAUCAGGUGCUGCCUCACUCCCCACUCACCAAUCAGGUGCUGCCUCACUCCCCACUCACCAAUCAGGUGCUGCCUCACUCCCCACUCACCAAUCAGGUGCUGCCGGACUUGCACGAAGAGCAGCAGGAACGCGAACGGCACGGCCUGCUCCAGGCUCCGCGCAGCCAGGUGCAUGUCCGACCCGCGCGUUACCGUCCCCCCUCCGCCUCCGCCUCCGCCUCCGCCUCCCCCUUCCCCUCCCCCUCCUCUCGCCCCUUCGUCCGUGUCCUCACCAGGGUUGCCACCAGUGGGACUCCCCCCUCUGUGUCUCCGACCGUCCCUCUGCCGCUCCAGCUGCUCGCCCUGCCUCCUCCCCCUCUUGCUCCUAUGAUUGCCAUUGCCGCCGCUUCCCCUGCGGCGUCGCUUGCCCCGAAUUUCCCCGCCUGCGUCGCUCUCCCGCCUCUCCGCUCCCUCUAUUAA